AUGUCAACAGAGGUCUUUGGUUUGAACAUCAAAACGUGGCAGACGAAUAUCUCAGAUGGCCAGCCCACGCCCGGCCCCAGAGAUAUAUUGGACAAGGACGUUCAGUCUGUGAAUGAGACAGGCUUGGCGCUGGGUAGUCUUCAGCGUGACAAUAGUACGUGGUCCUGGCCAGCUUCAGAGCCCUCUUCGCAACUGCAACACACAACAAUAGUGGUUACACAUCAGAAAGACAAGACUAACAGGAAGAAGGCUUUAUUUGUGAAAGAGACGAGAAACCCAAACAGUAACAUCACAGCGUCUGAUCGCAAUAUACCUUCUAGACAAUUCGAGGAACGUGUGGGUACCCACGUUCAGUCGCCGGUGCUGCCUUAUAGCGUCAGUGAAGAUGCUGUGAAGAUUGUCAAGAAGCAGCCCCAACCAAGUGCUCAAUUAGGAGCGAGUGGUGAACCAAUAAAGAAUGACCAGCUAGUAGUAACAAGUGCAGUACCAGUAGUAACUACUGAACCAGUAACAAGUGAUGAACUAGUAACAAGUGUUGAACCAGCAACAAGUACGCAGUCAAGAGCAAGUGCCCAUCAAGAAAUAGGUGCAGAAUUUACUGAAGACAAUGGAAAGCUACCAUAUGCAGACAACGAAGAAGAAGAAAGUAACGAGACAUCUACGUGUACAACAUGCAGCAAGAGCGCCCUCAUGGAGGAACAAGUGAAAGCCAUACGUAUCGACAUGUUCAAAGAGCUGCUGGCGCAGAAGCUGCGCAUCGAUCUCAAUGAUACAACCAUGCAAGGAGCUGUCAACGAUGGCACUCCAGCCGUGAAUCCGCCAAAACUGCCACAAGCCAUCCUGGAGCAGACGAUCAAAGACAACGUGAAUGAGCUGGAGAAGGAUCAGUUCUACGCCAGGGACGAAGAGAUCAUUAUCGCUGGAGACGAUUUGGGCCGAGACUGUCCUUGGCCAGGGGCCACCGGAUGUUACAGAUUUAACCUCAAGGGCAAGGUCAAGCUGGCGGUGGCCGAGGCUCAACUCUGGUUCUACAAACUCAAAGACACCAACGAUGUCAAAGGUCAACUGUUUAAGGUCAUUCACCUCAACAGGUCAGUCGUCCACUGUAACUUGAUGUACCAACGGCUAAUCGGAGUCGACAGAAACUUUGUCCAGGAAGGCUGGGUUAAAAUCAACAUCACCGGGGAGUUACACAAGUGGCUCGACACCGGGAAAAACAGUCACGUGCUGGCGAUUAGGUGCUCCACUUGUACGGCCAAGAGUUAUACAUCUCUUUUCGGAGUCAAGCAAGGUUACAAGCCACUUUUAGUGGUGAAAUACUCCGCCAACAACAGGCUGACCAGGAGUAAGCGGUCACAGUCUUGCGACCCGGUGUCCGAAUGUUGCAAGAGGGACCUGGUGGUCAACUUUCAUGAGAUCCGGAUGGCCGAGAUUUACGAGCCCCGAAACCUGUCCAUUGGCUAUUGUUACGGCAGUUGUAAUGAUGGGCACCAGUUCACCUACAACCACACGACCUUGAAACAACGGCUACGCUUGAGCAGUUCCUACUCCAGCCAACCAACCAUGAGCGAGCAGCUCAAGUCUUGCUGUGUGCCCUUGGUUCUCAAGGACACUUUCAUCAUGGCCACGGAGGGCACCGACUACGUUCGGAAAAUUGUUCCCAAGGUCAUCGUGGAAACUUGCGGAUGUAUGUAG